UUCCACACACCUAACCAAGACUUCAUAAUCAAAUAACUGGCCAUCAGUCGAGAGUGGAUACCAUGAGCGAGCUAUCAAUCAUGUGAAGCCAACACCCGGAUGUUGCAACAUGUUCGCGCAACUCUCAGGGAUAACUACAGAAAGCACUUUAUAUGUGGAUGAAUAAAAUUUAAUGGACGUCGAUGUGUAUGUCCUCUGACACAGUUGCGGAUACUUCUUUAGACGCACAUUUUCGAUGUGGAAGAGGGAAUGCAAGACGCAGAAGACCAGUCAGAAGGGGCAAAUUAUGCCAGCAGCACCGGGGCCCCUCCCACUGGUGACGACCCACCCCUUUGGCACACCAGCCCCUCCCUCACCCCCGAACCUCCGCCCCUGGUCCCUUCUGGAAGCCUGUCCUGGGAGGCUGCGAUCGAUGCGGCCCGCAGUGCCCAGGGAGGCGCCCCACCGACCAUGAGAAGCCACUCCACGGCGGGGUCGGCACCCGUGGGGUCCCUGUCCCAGCGCAAGCGGCAGCAGUACGCCAAGAGCAAGAGCAAAGGCAGCACCACCAACAACCGCCCCCCGCGGGCCCUCUUCUGCCUCACUCUUAACAACCCAAUACGCAGGGCCUGCAUUAGCCUGGUGGAGUGGAAACCUUUUGAUAUCUUUAUAUUACUCUCUAUUUUUGCCAACUGUGUGGCCUUAGCUGUUUACGUUCCCUUUCCCGAAGACGACUCCAACUCAACCAACCAUGACCUGGAAACGGUAGAAUAUGCCUUCCUCAUCAUUUUCACAAUAGAGACCUUUUUGAAGAUCAUAGCUUAUGGACUUGUAAUGCACCAGAACUCAUACGUCAGAAACGGCUGGAACAUGCUGGACUUUGUAAUAGUUAUAGUGGGGUUGUUUAGUGUGGUACUGGAGCUGAUCACACAUGAGGGCGAUGCGGCGGGUCCCACUGGGGGAAAGCCGGGGGGCUUUGACGUGAAGGCACUACGAGCGUUCCGGGUUCUCCGUCCCCUCCGGCUCGUGUCGGGAGUGCCUAGCCUGCAGGUGGUCUUGAACUCAAUCAUCAAGGCCAUGGUCCCCCUCCUGCACAUUGCCCUGCUGGUGCUCUUUGUCAUUAUCAUCUAUGCCAUCAUCGGCCUGGAGCUCUUCAUCGGCAAGAUGCACGCCACCUGCUACCUGGUCAACACAGGUGCGCUGGCCGAGGAUGAGCCGGCUCCGUGUGCCCCGUCAGGUCACGGGCGCAAUUGCCCGGUCAACACCACCAUGUGCAAAGAAGGCUGGCACGGCCCCAACAACGGCAUCACCAACUUUGACAACUUCCUGUUCGCCAUGCUCACCGUGUUCCAGUGCAUCACUAUGGAGGGCUGGACAGAUGUGCUCUACUGGAUGAACGAUGCCAUGGGCUUUGAGCUCCCGUGGAUCUACUUUGUCAGUCUGGUCAUUUUCGGCUCAUUUUUCGUCCUCAAUCUGGUUCUGGGAGUACUGAGUGGAGAGUUCUCUAAGGAGCGAGAGAAGGCCAAGGCGCGCGGAGACUUCCAGAAGCUGCGGGAGAAGCAGCAGCUGGAGGAGGACCUGAAGGGCUACCUGGACUGGAUCGCUCAGGCCGAGGACAUCGACCCCGAGAACGAGGAGGAUGGACAGCAGGAAGGCAAACGCAACACGAGCAUGCCCAUUAGUGAGACGGAGUCGGUGAAUACGGAGAACCCGAACGGAGAGGAUGACAAGGCCAAGUGCUGUGGACCACUUUGUCAAAAAAUUACAAAAUCAAAAUUCAGUCGCCAGUGGCGCCGCUGGAACCGGUUCUGUCGCAGAAAGUGUCGGGCAGCGGUGAAGUCCACCACUUUCUAUUGGCUGGUGAUCCUCUUGGUGUUCCUUAACACACUGACCAUCUCCUCCGAACACUACAACCAGCCGGACUGGCUCACGGACAUACAGAAUGUGGCCAACAAGGUGCUGCUGGCCAUGUUCACGUGUGAGAUGCUGAUCAAGAUGUACAGCCUGGGCCUGCAGGCCUACUUUGUGUCCCUGUUCAACCGCUUCGACUGCUUUGUGGUGUGCGGUGGCAUCGUGGAGACCAUCCUGGUGGAGCUGAGGUUCAUGUCGCCGCUCGGCAUCUCCGUGCUGCGCUGUGUGCGCCUGCUGCGCAUCUUCAAGGUCACGCGACACUGGGCGUCCCUGAGCAACCUGGUGGCGUCUCUGCUCAACUCCAUGAAGUCCAUCGCCUCCUUGCUGCUGCUCCUCUUCCUCUUCAUCAUCAUCUUCUCCCUGCUGGGCAUGCAGCUCUUCGGCGGCAAGUUCAACUUUGACGAGACUGUGACCAAGAGGAGCACAUUCGACAACUUCCCUCAGGCGCUGCUCACUGUCUUUCAGAUACUGACUGGUGAGGACUGGAACCAGGUGAUGUAUGAUGGGAUCAUGGCCUAUGGUGGGCCUUCCUCCUCGGGGAUGGUGGUCUGCAUCUACUUCAUCAUCCUCUUCAUCUGCGGAAACUACAUCCUCCUGAAUGUCUUCUUGGCCAUCGCCGUCGACAACCUUGCAGAUGCAGAGAGCUUGAACACGGCUCAAAAGGAGAAGGAAGAGGAGAGAGAGAGAAGGAAGAGCAUCAGGAGUGACAGUAUAUGCAAAAAGGAAGAGGAAAAGGUUGAAGUAAAAGAUGAAGAAGCCCAGGUUGCAGUGGAGGAGAAUGUAGAAGAGGAGAAGAAUGUCACCUCAGACUCUGGUGAGGAGGAGGAUGAAGAUGAGCCUGAGCCUGAGGUUCCUGUGGGACCACGUCCACAGCGACUGGCGGAGCUUAACCUCAAGGAAAAGAUCCUGCCCAUCCCAGAGGGUAGCGCCUUCUUCAUCCUCAGCAACACCAACCCCAUCCGAGUGGCCUGUCACCGGCUGAUCAACCAUCAUAUCUUCACCAACCUCAUCCUCGUCUUCAUCAUGCUCAGCUCCGUCUCCCUGGCUGCAGAGGACCCCAUCCGCAACUUCUCCGCCCGCAACAUCGUCCUAGGCUAUGCAGAUUAUGUCUUCACUAGUAUGUUUACCUUUGAGAUCCUGUUGAAGAUGACCGCGUUCGGGGCUUUCCUCCACAAAGGAGCCUUCUGCAGGAACUACUUCAACUUGCUGGAUCUGCUGGUGGUCGGUGUGUCGUUGGUGUCCUUUGGCAUUGAGUCGUCGGCCAUCUCGGUGGUGAAGAUCCUGCGUGUCCUGCGUGUGCUGCGGCCCCUCAGAGCCAUCAACAGAGCCAAGGGCCUCAAGCACGUGGUGCAGUGUGUGUUUGUGGCCAUUCGCACCAUCGGUAACAUCAUGAUCGUCACCACACUCCUCCAGUUCAUGUUUGCCUGCAUCGGCGUGCAGCUCUUCAAGGGAAAGUUCUACCGCUGCACAGAUGAAGCGAAAUCAAGUCCAGAGGAAUGCCAGGGCUCCUACAUUCUGUAUAACAUUGGUGAAACAGCACUACCUAUAAUCAAACAUCGAGUUUGGUACAACAGUGAUUUUAACUUUGAUAACGUGCUUAUGGCCAUGAUGGCCCUCUUCACCGUCUCAACAUUUGAAGGCUGGCCUGCGCUCCUGUACAAGGCCAUUGACUCCAACAAAGAGAACAUGGGCCCCAUUUAUAACUACCGUGUGGAGAUCUCCAUCUUCUUCAUCAUCUACAUCAUCAUCAUCGCCUUCUUCAUGAUGAACAUCUUUGUGGGUUUCGUCAUUGUCACCUUCCAGGAGCAGGGAGAGAAAGAGUACAAGAACUGUGAGCUGGACAAGAACCAGCGCCAGUGUGUAGAGUACGCUCUGAAGGCACGACCAGUAAGGAGAUACAUCCCUAAGAACCGCUACCAGUACAAGUUCUGGUACGUGGUCAACUCAGCGGGCUUCGAAUACGUCAUGUUCGUCCUCAUCAUCCUCAACACCCUCUGCCUGGCCAUACAGCACCAAGGGCAGUCUCAUCUCUUCAACUACGCGAUGGACAUCCUCAAUAUGGUGUUCACUGCGGUCUUCACUGUGGAGAUGAUCCUCAAGCUGAUUGCCUUCAAACCAAGGGGUUAUUUUGGGGAUGCCUGGAACGGCUUUGAUGCCCUGGUGGUGAUUGGCAGUGUAGUUGACAUCAUUCUCAAUGAGAGCACGCAGGACAGCGCCCGCAUCUCCAUCACCUUCUUCCGACUCUUUCGGGUAAUGAGAUUGGUCAAGCUGCUGAGUCGAGGCGAGGGCAUUCGAACGCUCUUGUGGACCUUCGUCAAGUCCUUUCAGGCCCUUCCCUAUGUGGCCCUGCUCAUUGCCAUGCUCUUCUUCAUCUAUGCCGUCAUUGGCAUGCAGGUGUUUGGAAAAAUUGCCAUGGUGGACGGCACGCAGAUCAAUCGCAACAACAACUUCCAGACGUUUCCUCAGGCUGUGCUGCUGCUCUUCAGGUGUGCCACAGGCGAAGCCUGGCAGGACAUCAUGCUGGCGUGCCUGCCAGGAAAGCCGUGCGACUCGGAGUCCGACGACAACCCUGGUGGUGAGAAGACGUGCGGCAGCAGCUUUGCCAUCAUCUACUUCAUCAGUUUCUACAUGCUGUGCGCCUUUCUGAUCAUAAAUUUGUUUGUUGCUGUCAUUAUGGACAAUUUUGACUACCUUACCCGUGAUUGGUCCAUUCUGGGUCCUCAUCACUUGGAUGAGUUCAAGAGGAUCUGGUCAGAGUAUGACCCUGAGGCCAAGGGAAGAAUAAAACACUUGGAUGUUGUGACUCUUCUGCGGCGGAUUCAGCCCCCUCUUGGGUUUGGCAAGUUGUGUCCUCAUCGAGUAGCUUGUAAGAGGCUUGUGGCCAUGAACAUGCCCCUGAACAGUGAUGGGACAGUCAUGUUUAAUGCUACCCUGUUCGCUCUGGUCAGGACUGCACUGAAGAUUAAGACUGAAGGGAACCUGGACGAAGCCAAUGAGGAGUUGAGGGCAGUUAUAAAGAAGAUCUGGAAAAGGACAAGCAUGAAGCUGUUGGAUCAAGUUGUUCCUCCGGCUGGUGAUGACGAGGUAACGGUGGGGAAGUUCUAUGCCACCUUCCUGAUACAGGACUACUUCAGGAAAUUCAAGAAACGCAAAGAGCAAGGGCUUGUGGGACUCCAUCCGGCCCGACUCAACACUGCCAUCGCACUGCAGGCUGGCCUGCGCACACUGCAUGAUAUUGGGCCCGAGAUUCGGCGUGCCAUAUCAUGUGACCUGCAGGACGAGGAUGCAAACGUGGAAGAAGAGGACGAGAUCUACAGGAGGAAUGGAGGCCUUCUUGGCAACCACCUCAACCAUGUGAAUGGGGACAACCGUGGCGCUGCCGGCCAGACCAACGUCACCCAGCGGCCCCUACAGGUCCCUUCUAUCCCCUGCCACAGCCACGCUGACCCCGCGCACUCGCUGUCGGACGACGGCCCGCUCUAUGCCAACAUCAACGCCGGCCUCUGCCACAAGUCCUCCAACGCCAACCUCAACAAUGCCAACGUGCCCACUCUCCCCACGGUGACCAACGGGGGACACCACCCACCCUCCGAGCACUCGGCCGCCAGCCGGAUCUCCUCCCUCAGCUCCUACCUCAACCUCAGGGGUGACGCCGACUCUCUCAGGAGGGUGAACUCCAGAAGAAGACGCUACUAUGAGACCUAUAUUAGGUCGGACUCGGGGGUCAGCCACUACCCCACCAUUCGGAGAGAGGAGGCUUUGGCUGGGGAUGGUAGUGACGAGGAACAGGACUCCGGAGAGUACCACAGCGGGGAGGACUUCCAGGAGGACGACAUCAUGCUGGCAGGCGACAGGAGGAGACUCUACCGGGAGUACCAUGGCAGUGUGAGUGAUUUCGACCCAGAGACGCCCAGGGGCUAUCACCAUACUGAGAGCUUCUUUGACGAUGACGAGCAGCCCAUCUACCAGGAGUGCAGGAGGUCACCCAUACGACGGCUGCUCUCCACCUCCCCCCAGACUCCUCACAGGUCGGCCUUCAACAUUGAGUGUCUGCGGAGGCAGAGCAGUCAGGACGAAGCGCUGCUGUCUCCUGUUUUUCACCACCGCACUGCACUACCUCUCCAGCUGAUGCAGCAUCAGGUGAUGGCAGUGGCCGGACUGGACGGCAGCCGGGUCCGGCUCUCCCCGACCCGCUCUGUCCGCUCCUGGGCCACGCCGCCCACCACGCCGGCCGCCGCCUACACGCCGCUCAUCCAGGUGGACUGGCACGGCGGGCCGCCCAGCGCCAACAGCAGUCCCGGCACGGCGCGCGGCAGCUCCUGGUACACGCCGCAGCUGCCGGGCCGCCUGUCCCGCUCCAGCACGCAAUCGCGCAGCUUCACGCACUACCGGCCGGGACGUUCGGCCACCAACUCCUCAUCGCACACCGCUGCCGCCGCCCCUGCCCCUGGCUGCCUGCAGAUCCCGCUGGACUUCCACAGCAAGCACAGCCAGAAGAGAGGCAGCGCUGACAGCCUGGUGGAGGCAGUACUGAUCUCAGAGGGACUGGGGAAGUACGCCAAGGACCCAAAGUUCGUGGCGGCGACCAAGCAGGAGAUCGCCGACGCAUGCGAGAUGACCAUUGACGAGAUGGAAAGCGCCGCCAGCAACCUGCUCAACGGCAGCAUGGUGGACGGCGGUGGCACCUCGGAUGACCUCGACGACGCCACGCUCCCGCGCCAGCGUAGCCUGCACUACUACAGCGAUGAGGAGGCUGAGCCCAGUGGCAAGCACGAGGAGGAUCUGACCGACGAGAUGAUAUGCAUCACCACGCUAUAGCGUCCGCUCUGAAGCGGAACGCCACCACCACAAACUCAUGCAUGGGGAAAACUUAAAAAAGUGCCUUUCCAAAGAAGUGGAUGAGUCUGUGUUCGGACUUGCCCAACUGGUCUGAUAAAAGGAGAGAUAUGGCACCCAUUUCUGAAGUAAUGUUCAAGGAGAAUUCAGUAGUGUAGAAUAGAGGAUUGUGGGAUGUCACAGGAAGCAGACAGCUAAAUGCAUGAUAUUUUAAAGAGGUGACUUAAAGGUUCAGUCCGUGAUUUUGGUCUACUUUUUGUCAUUCAGCAAAUUGCUUCUCACAGUCCUCUAACUGUCUGUUCAGUGUUUUGUGCUUACAAAUGUUGUCAGUCCUGGCUCUGUAAAUGGCAAACAAACAGAGUGGCUUGAACCGACCCAUAAACAAUUUCAGCCAAUCAACAUGCUGCUGCAGAUGCACAGAAGGG